AAUCAAAAACCGAAUCCAAGGAGACGCCCGUAUACACUGAUGAUUGUACUUACCUUCUCCCGGUUCCGAGUUCCCCAGAAAUUCCAAAGUGUUUGUAGUUGUGGGAUAUUGAAUUGAACGAGAAACACACCAGAUUCUCUUUUACUUUGGUUGUACUCCGGUCUGACUUAUUAGUCGAAGCUUAAAGCCAUGGUCUGGGGCCUCUUUCCAACCGAACCCCUUUCAGGUGAAAACAGAUAUUAUAUCUUCAGUCAAGGGACUUAUAAAGUCGGUCGAAAAGGUUGCGAUGUGAUCAUUAAUAAAGAUAAAGGAGUUUCAAGAGUUCAUGCUGAGAUAGUAAUUGAUGCGAUGAUUGCGUUAAAUACACAGAGGAAUACUUCGCGUAUAGAUGCUAAAGUUAGGAUAAGAGAUUGCUCAAAGUAUGGGACAUUCAUUAGCAAUGAUCUCGUCUCGAAGAAAAAAGUGCAUGAGUUCCCCAGCAGAGAAACAACUCUGCAAGAAGGGGACCUGGUCUCUUUUGGGACCGGCAAUGCUACCUACAGGUUUUCUUUUGUUCCCUUUAUGUUCUCCGUCUGCUGUUCUGUGCCUUUUAAAAAGCUUCAAGAGAAGAUAUCAUUAAUAGGUGCAUCUGCUAUUCGUAAUUGGAGUAUGGAGUGCACCCAUGUGCUUGUAGAUGACAUCGCACCAUUUAAUGAAGAUAUAGUUGAUGCUAUUGUGGGCAAAAAACCUUUAGUCUGUCACAAGUGGGUCGAGGUCAUUGCAGAAUCGAAUAUUUGCACAGAAAUUCCCUGCUGCAGUUCUCAUGCUCCAACACUGAAGGUGGAAGAUUUGUCAGUCAAAUUUGCAGAUUCUAUGUCUAGAGAAAAUUGUUUGAGAGGAUACACUUUUCUGUUGGAAUCAGCCCCCAAGUAUCAGCUAAAGGAUAGGUUGCAAGCUUUAUUGGAGGUCUCUGGAGCCAAGGUUAUUGCUGUUGAGGCAUUCUAUCAAAGUGCUCAACAGGGUUCAGAGGGUGAGGGAAAUGAACGCAUUGCUCUAGUUAUACCUGCUGGAUCAGCGGAUGGUUCUGAAAGCCUCCGUCACCUCAGUUCUCUUUUAAGAGUGAAUGAGAUGCAUUUGAUCUGUGCAACUUUGUCUGGACAGCUUGACCCUUCUGUUUUGGUGUUGCCACCUGUGGUUAUCGCAUCUUCAUGCUCUACAGACGAGACAGUGGUGGCAGAUUCUGAUGAAGAAGUAGAAACAGCCACAUCUAUUCCUAAUUCUGUUGCUUUAGACACAAUAAAUAUUGGGGAGAGUGAAGGCAGAAGGGAGGCAGAUGUCUUCAUUGUGAUGUCUGAUGAUCAAGGGGACGAAGGACCCAUAUCUCGUACCAACAUAGAAUCUCCUCAUAAUGAAAGCAAAAUGGAUGUAGUAACAAAUCGUGGUGAUGAAUCAGUAGAAAAAUCAGAGCAAGUAGCAUGUUCAGAGGAUAGAUACUGUGGCAAAAUGGCUAGAGAAAUGAAGGAUGAAGAAUCUGAUGCCAAAAAUUCAGAUAUUAUAUACAGCCAAGACUUAGUUAUCAGAGACCUUAAAUUACCAGCUAAAGCCCGUUCUUCAAUGAACAAUACAGUCGUAAACUUUAAACGUUUCAGGAAGAUGGAUAUGCAAUCAGGGAAUAGCUUCAACAAUCUGAUUCCAUUUGCAAAAAAUCCGUACAAAGACUCUGACUACGGGAAUGAGGAAGUAGCUGAAUCUAUAAAAGAAGAGAAAAGGAGAAAACAAAUGGAGGCUGUCGCAGAUGACUUAUUUAAUCACGAAAAGGGAAAGAGACGUGGUACAGCUGGUUCUCUUCAUGGUCUUUUUACUCGUAGAUGAUGAAGGUACCAUUUUGACUCUGCUGUUAAUUUCGUUCUCAGCUGAUUUUGUGAAGCUUGUCCGCAAGUCUACAGAGGCUACUGUAUAUAACCAAUAUUUGCUUCUUGGGUAGCAUUAAUAGCCACACCUGAUAGUUAGGCUGCAUCAUAUAGAUAUGUGUGUGUGUAAUUGUUUACGGCAACACAAGGGGAAAUGAGUGGCCUUUAUCAAUUAUGUAUCUUGUUUCGGGAUAGCUUCAUUAAUUAUUCUUAUUAAUCAGACUCUAAAUCUGG